AUGCAACAAGCAAAUCAAGACUUCCUUCACGCAGACACACACCCCCACGUACCAACAGAGAGAGAAACGCACGACUACUCAAUCCGCUUCACAUACUCUGGGUCCCUGGACACAAAUCUCAUCCAUACUAGUCUAUUCCCUCUGGCACGGAUCCCUACGUCACUCGUCGUGACGAGACUCAGCCCCGGAGUAGCAUGUGACCUUGGGGAUGAAGCCGUUACCAUGUCUGGCACUGGCGCAGAACUUGCGCCCAGCCUCGAUGUUGCCAUCCGCCAGUUGCUUGAUCAGCAAGCCCAUAUACAAUCGAGGCUUUCCGUGCUGCUCGCUGCCCAACAUGGCAUUGAUAUGACGGCUGAGCUGGAUAUGUUGCGCCACAAGUUGCGAGUUCUGGAGGAUCUGGUUCAUCAUCACGAUCUUGCGCCCAAGAUACCCGUUUUAUCGAGCGCGGAAGAAGCUAGAGCACUCCAGUAUCGUUGCGAAUGCCUAGAAGCAGUUUGUUUACAGCAUGACGUUGACGUUAUAGAGCCUUUAAAGAGAUCCUUUUCGUCAGCGCCCCUGGAUUUUGCGUCAUGGGUGGAGAAACAUAUCGACUUGCACGAUUCAAUACUGCGCUCUGGUCGCGAAAGCCAGGGCCGUACAGCUAUAUUCAGGCCCAACUGGAUGCCGCCCAUCAAAUGCUGGGACGAGCGAUGCGCUCAUUAUGUGUACGGGUUUUCGAGCCAUCAGCAGAGAGACACUCACAGUCUGCUUCACCAAUCACCAGCGAAACGGGACUCGGGGUUCUCCGCGGAAACAGCUUCCUCUUUGUCUGCAGUUUCCGAACAGCGGUGUCUUCCAAUAAUUCGCAACCGACAGCACUCUAUACAGUUGCCAUCGGUUCAGACUGGUAACUUUCCCGUGUCCUCCCAAUUGCCAGAAGUGAGCCCUUCGAUGACUCCAAAGGAAAAGGACGGCAUCCCGACGAAUCAUACGUUGUUUGGGACUUACGGUCCCCGAGCCGCACGGAGAACUUCUAUUGAUGCUGAGAUUGAGCCCCAGCUGCCCCCAUUAAAAAGAUCCAGACUGAGUCAACCCCGGCUGCAAUCUAUCGGCGAGCUUCAGCUUUUCCGCGACUCUGAGCCUUGUCUCCGCUGUAAAAUAGCCAAGAAGAAGUGCGAUAGCAGUAGGCCGUGUUCAUAUUGUUCGGCAAACUCAUCGACUGGCAAGGAGGAACACUGGGCCGUGCUUGGCUGUUGUCGCAGCCCUUUAACUUCAUUCGCAGAGAUGAUUCUGCCCCGCCCCAUGUCCCCAAGACAGACCCGUACCCCUACCACAUCACCAGUAUUGCAUCGACGUGGUAUAAACGAAUAUCUGCAGACGGCAUGUUGCUUUCCCGAGCACUUGACGAGCAUGGUCAACUCCAGCCUUGACCAAACCGAUGCUUUUUGGUGGUCCGCAUAUCUUGACUCGAAGCACAAUGUUGACGACGGAAUGUCUGGAUUCAACCACGAUCUACCUAGUCAAGCACCUCCGUCGCUGUCCGCCAUUGCAAGCAGUUGGCACGCCCAGGACACGGCUUACGACAUAUUCCAGCUGCUUCGACUUACCCGAUUACUAUGCGACUCUAGGCAAAGCGAAGAAGCGUCCUUUCCCCUGUUGUACAAUGCCAAACUACUCCUCCGUGAGACGAUAUUCUACGCACUUCUACACCCAGACCCUAAUUUUCCUAUCGGCUCUACCUUCAACCAGCAGAAUCUACCAGAAGGCCUCGAUUUGGAGGAACAGGCUGGACUGGUUGAGGAAUGCCUAGUGCGAUUUCUACUAUCAUUUGAGCUGGCGUGCUGUUCGAAUCCCACGAACCGACCAAGAGAGGCUGUGGCGGGUUUUCUUUCGGUGUGCAUCUUCAGCGCGACAUGCGCGUUGCUACUGGACAUGGCACCAGCUGCGACGCCGAGCUCAAGCUUUCAGCAAUCGCUACGUGCUGCGACCGGAAGCUCUGGCCAGAAUCUGCAUGGCUUAUAUCGAGCCUUGGUGCAGCUGUACUGCUCCUCGGGCCCACCGCUGGGCGAAGGAUGGGAGGGCAAUCUGACGCACGACGAGUCAUCGCUCUACUACAGCAUCAACCGCCUCAUCCGAACAGAAAUGUGGGCCGCGGCAGGAAUAGAGUCCAGUUCCGAUUUUCUCCUCAGGCUCGGUGAUGGCUACGUCGAGUAUCUCGGGUUCAAUGGCUUCCUCCGCCAACGCAAACCGAAUGGUUUCACGUGGCAGCCCUCGUCGACACCGGCUCUACGUCCCGUCCGAGAAGAGCUCCGCUCAGAACCUGCCCCGGAAACAUCUCCUGGUUUACCGAGCUGGAGGCCAGGUUUUGAGGACGAUGUGCCGCUUUUGCACCGUCGAACAUCUGAACUGGGUCCCUCACGCGGGCAGGAAACGGAGCGAUGUCGGAGACAUACGGUAGGGGAGGCGCCGGCAGGGCCGGGGAGAGGGCCAGGGCCAGGGCAACUGGAAAGCUCGUGGAAGAUGCCCGAUUCUCCCUCAAGAUUCAGAACCCCUUAUUCGCGGACCCCCCUGCGCCGAGUUUAUUGCGACAAGUGCAACGAGUACCCCGAGGGCUUCCGAGGAGAGCACGAGCUCAGGCGGCACACGGACGCGAAGCAUUCAGCCCUGGCACGACGUUGGGUCUGCUGUGAGCCCGAAAGCGCAAGAGACGCCUCUCUCAAGCCUGUCGUGUCGCUGUCGAGCUGCAAGGCGUGCAUGGCCCAGAAGCAGUAUGGCGCAUACUACAACGCCGCCGCGCAUCUGCGGAGAGCUCAUUUCAGCCCCCAUCGCGGCGGCAAGGCCAGCGGGGAUUGGCCGUCCAUGUCCGUCUUGAAGGACUGGAUGCGCGAGGUGCGGAAGCCAGUGGAUCCAACCCAGGCCGAGUACCUGAGCGGAGGCGAAGACGAUGGCGACAACUCGGCGAUGGAAGUCCCGGUUUCCGGCCCCGGAGCCCUACACGAGCGACCAAGUGCGUCAUCGUCAUCACGGGGCUACGCCAUUUCCCCUGUAGAUGACCCAUGGCGUCGCGGAAGCUCGGCGCAACCGAGUCAGGCAGGGGCUCGCCCGGCGGACAAUCGCAGCCAGUGCCCUCACCCGGACUGUGGCAGAGUCGUCAAAGACUUGGCGGCACACAUGCUCACGCACCAGGAAGAGCGUCCCGAGAAGUGCCCCAUUGCCACGUGCGAAUACCACACAAAAGGCUUCGCGCGGAAAUACGACAAGAACCGUCACGCCCUCACGCACUACAGAGGCACCAUGGUCUGUCCGUUCUGCCCUGGUGCCGGAUCGCCGUACGAAAAAGUGUUUGGCAGAGCGGACGUGUUCAAGCGCCACCUCGCCACGGCACACAACGUCGACCAAACGCCGACGAACAAUCGCAGCAACAGCCUGGCCCACCUCCUCGACGGCCACGGCUCCUCUGCCGCUCACAGCGGCGGCGCGUGUUGCUCCAUCUGCGGCGGCCGGUUUGCCACUGCGCAGGACUUUUACGAGCAUCUGGACGAAUGUGUCCUCCGAGUGAUUGUGCCCACGACGACGGUCUCGACGUCGGAUGCAGCGCAAGGACAUCAUUCCGACCGGGGAGGCUCCGUCAGUCCAUUGCAGGCAGAGGGCUCCAGCAGAGCCAUUUGA